UUAGUUAAAUCCCCGCCCGCUUCAUUCCUGCGUUGUUUGGGGACAGUAGGAAGAUGGCGGCGGCCCCGCUGUACUGUGUCUGCCGGCAGUCCUACGAUUUUAGCCGGUUUAUGAUCGAGUGCGACAUCUGUAAAGACUGGUUCCACGGCGGCUGCGUGCAGGUAGAAGAGCAUCAUGCCGUGGACAUCGAUGUUUACCACUGUCCCAACUGUGACGUUGUCCACGGACCCUCCCUGAUGAAACGGCGCAACAACGGCCACAGGCACGACUACACGGAGCCCAACGACGGGUCCAAGCCGGUGCAGGCGGGCACCCCGGUGUUUGUCAAGGAGCUCCAGAACCGGACCUUCGCCAGCGGCGAGGAGAUCAUGAUGCAGAUGAAGGGCGAGCACGUGACCACCAGGUACCUGGAGAGACACGGCUUCAACUACCCCAUAAAGGUCACGGAGAUGGAGGGCCUGGGGCUCAAACUGCCGGCCCGGACGUUCUCCGUCCGGGACGUGGAGCAGUACGUGGGCGGCGACAAAGUCAUCGACGUGAUUGACGUGGCGCGGCAGGCGGACAGCAAGAUGAAGCUCAGCGAGUUCAUCAAGUAUUACAGCAACCCGCAUCGACCCAAGGUCCUCAACCUCAUCAGCCUGGAGUUCUCUGACACAAAGAUGUCCGAGUUGGUGGAGGUUCCCGACGUGGCUCAGAAGAUGUCCUGGGUGGAGAACUACUGGCCCGACGACUCCUUCUUCCCCAAGCCCUUUGUCCAGAAGUACUGCCUUAUGGGGGUGAAGGACAGCUACACAGACUUCCACAUAGACUUCGGCGGCACCUCAGUCUGGUACCACGUCCUCUGGGGUGAGAAGGUCUUCUACUUGAUCAAGCCCACCGCCGCCAACCUUGCACUAUACGAGGCAUGGAGCUCCUCGCCCAAUCAGAGUGAAGUGUUCUUCGGGGACAGAGUGGAAAAGUGCUACAAGUGUGUCGUGACCCAAGGAACCACCCUGCUCAUCCCUACAGGCUGGAUCCAUGCUGUUCUCACCGCUCAGGAUUGCAUGGCGUUUGGAGGGAACUUCCUUCACAACCUCAACAUUGACAUGCAGCUCAGGUGUUAUGAAAUGGAGCGUCGCCUGAAAACCCCAGACCUCUUUAAGUUUCCUUAUUUCGAGGCCAUCUGUUGGUAUGUGGCCAAAAACCUCUUGGAAACACUUAAAGAGCUACGAGAGGACAACUGUCCGCCACCGACCUACCUGGUGGAGGGAGUCAAGGCUUUAAUCGGCGCUCUGAGAACCUGGCUGAAAAGAGAGGUGACUGAGCCCAGCAGUGAGGUACCAGACCACAUCAGGCCCAACCAUCUCAUCAAAGAGCUGACCAAGGAGAUCCGCCACCUGGAGGAGGAACCCGUCGGCGGCAGCAAGCCAGUGAAAUCUCAGGGAGCCGGCUGUGGAGCGCCCUCCGGAUCCACCGCCUGCCCGGCCACUCGCACCACUCUGGAGCGGCUGUGCCAGGCCCGGCAGGCGAGGCGGGCCGCCCGGCGGCUGAGGGAGCAGCAGCGGCAGGCCCCCAAAAUGCCGUCCAACCUGGACAUCUUGGAGCGGCACACCAGGGAGGUGCUGCAGAGGCUGGAGGUGGGGCCGCUCGAGGAGGAUGCGGCCUUCUGCGCCAAGGUCCGUGGGAAGCUCAACAAAGUGUCUACGGCAUCGGCAGCCGCGGAGUCUUUAGAGGACAACCACCUACGGCUCAUGCUGGUCAACGGCAGAAUCAUCAGAGAUUUAAGGCGACCAGUCAGCAGCAGCCCCGUAAAGACGGAGGGUGAACGCUCACCUGUUGACCCACCAAAGAGUUCUGUGAAGUCGGAGAGGACACAGGACGGAGAGCAGCACAGCUCGGACGAGAAACCCACACUCCUCCGCGGUCUGGAGAGGGUGAAGACUGAACUCAGGGAAGACGUCUCGGGACACUGCAGUGUGUCGGACACGGAUUCAGACAGUGACUCCCCCUCACAGCGUAAAACAAUGUCGUCCUCGUCUUCGUCGUCCUCUUCCGACGAGGACUCGGGGAGUUCCCCGGGGGAAGAGGAGGACGAGGGGUGCGGCCCCCGCCAGCAGAGGGGCUCAGGACACACCAUAGAGCUGGACCCGUCUGGCCCAAAACUCAGGCUCAAACACAAACCACUCAAACGAGAACGUCCUACCUCACCCAGCACAGAAGAGGCCAUUCAGGGGAUGCUGUCCAUGGCCGGUCUGCUGUGCUCGUCGGAGCCGGAGAAGGCGGCCUCGUCCCAGGAGCCCUGGUGGUCGGGUUCCAGCCAGGGCUCGCCGCUGGGGCCGCGGGGGCCGCGGGGGCCGCGGGGGGAGGCGCAGCACCGCCUGCAGGGGGACAAGAGCCCCAUGGACAGCCAGGGCAACAGCAGCGAGGCCUGGGACAAUCAGGGCCCACCCAGCCCCCUCGACCGCCCCGAGGCUGACUACCAGUACUGUGACCCCUCCAUGUCUCCGCCGCUGCACCCUUCCAAGAGGCUCGCCCCCAACCCCCCCCCGCCCAUCAGCAAUCAGGCCACAAAAGGCAAGCGGCCCAAGAAAGGAAUGGCCACCGCCAAGCAGAGACUGGGGAAGAUCCUGAAACUCAAUCGACAAAACCGGGUGUUUGUUUAAACCUUUUCAAAAAGCAAAACGAUGCGUGGGGACACUUUUCUGGAAAGGGAAGCAAAAAAAAAACAACUUUUUUUUGUUACCGACGGUUACCGUGGAGACCACCGUGACACGCUAAAAAAAAAAAAAAAACACGCCCACUGUGCAUGCUUCGUGCUUAGGAGACAGGGUAUUGGAUUUAAAAUAAGCGAGUGAACGACCUCGCCCCAAGCACACUAACAACGGAACGGAAAGGAGCUACGGGAUGCAGAGCAUGCUGGGAAACGGCCGACCUCUUGCGGGCAUUUAAAUGGACGCGCUCGACCAAACAAACGAGAAUAUUUGAUUAUGAUGCCAAGUUCACCUGCAUCCUAUUUUUUUAUACUUCCCACCCCCCCUCUCUGCUGACUCCGAUUCAGAGAAUUCUGAAUGGUGCUUAUUGUUUGUACUUUCCUCCACUCAUGCUUGUCCUAUCAAGCACCCCCCUCCCCCUCCAUUAUCUCAAUCACACCAGCAAUAAUGACUUUAAGGAGAGGAAAGGGUGAGAGACCGCACUUUGGUGCAUCCUUCCCAGACUCUUCGGUUUGUUGAUGGUUGCAUUAAAGGCUUGCACGAUUUAGUGCAAAAUAUACUCUCAAAUCUGCACUGUUUUAAUGAGUGAAGAGUUUUGGCUGAAGGGAAGUCACCCAAAGUGCUGCCUCUCUGAAUUAUUUUGAAAUAGGAUUUACAAGUCAGUCGCUAGGUCUAAAAAAAAAAAAACGUAGACGACAAAUCUCGCAUGAGAUUGUGCUUAAUUUAUUUGUUGAUUUUUGUUGUUUUUAUGUAUUCUGAAUGAUGUAUUUAUUAAUUGAAAGAGAAUGAUUUUAUUAUAUUUUGACCCUCAGCUAUUGAGUUUUUUUCCCCCUCCUUUUUUAAUAGGGUUGAUUUCUUUUCAACACAUGCUUUUUGUAAAUGUGGAUGUUUUAGAGUUCAUGUGAUUAUCAUCUGUUGAGUAGCAAUUUAUCUACAAAUCUUUUCUUACCUUCCAUUUUGUCACAAGUCUUUCCCCCUGUUGGGUCCCUUUCUCCCUGUAGCUAUGUGCAAAUAGAAACUAGCGUAGGGUGAGAAAUGUCAACUUCCAUAUUUACACGUGAGCUUUUCCAACUAGUGCCAGUUCUCGUUUAGCAAAAAGAAAAAAACCCACCAACCACAAGUAUUCUGAGCCACUGUGGUCGAUGCAUUGGAACUUUGAAUGACAGAUUCUUCCUUUUUUCAAAAGACAAAAGGUGUGUGUUUCUCUCGAGGUGCGCAGUUCUUCACUCUCAGGGAAUGAUGCCAUGGACAUGACCUUCGAUGAACCCACCAGCCACGUCACGGACGCAGAGCAGUCAGACUUAAGACUCACUCCUCCUCCUUAUGGAGUUUCUUACCUUCUUUUUGUUUGUUUUCCUUAUUUCAUGGUUGUGGUUUAAGUUGUAAAUUACAAGCUGUGCUUCAACCAGUCAGUCGUUGUACAUUUUGACCUAUGUUAGUAUUUGGUAUGGACCAUCAGUGUUACCUUAGUUUGCCUCUUAAAGGCUUAACUGUUGCCGAGUAGAUCCCAGGAGGUUUGGAGAGCUUCGCUCAGGUUGACUUGUAGUGCACGUGACCUGCGACUGACUGGUCAGGUGUUUCCCAUAAUCCCAACACAAAGAACCAACUAAAAAAAAAAAAACCUUUAUCACAUUGCCAGACUGAUUUUCCCCUUUUAUUGACCUUUGAACUUUUUGCAUGUCAAGUCAUUGAAAACACGGGCUGGCCCGCAGGCAGGGUUUGUAGUAUUCGUCGUACACAAUCUGUUCCUUUUCACUUUUUAUGCAGCUUUCUUGGCAUUUGUUUUAUGUGCGUUGGUUCUUGUGGGUUUUUUUUUUCUUCCCCCCCCCCCCCCAAGAUUAUAGAUAUUACAAAAGCACUGGCUAACUGUGACACUGUUACUGCAUUUCAAAAAUUGCGUGUAAAUAAUUAAAAAAAAAAAUAA